AUGGCAGGAGCACCUGUCGUCGAGAGCGCCUUCCCUCCGUGCCAGAUGCCCACAAAGCGAGCAUUUCGAAACGGGCAGAAUCAUUUUGAUUCUGGUUCUUUGGCCGCUCGUGAACGAGAAUACAGCAACACCAGCAGCAACAGCAACAUCACAAGCAACAGCAACAGCAGCAGCGACAGCAACAACAACGACAACGACGACGACGAAGACGACGACGACGACGAGAACGACGAGAACGACGACGACGAUGACGACGAUGACGAUGAAGGGGGUGCUCCUCGCCGGCCUGGUGGCGGUGACGGCGGUGGUUUUCGGCGCGGCGGUUAG